CCCAGGUGCCCUCGCGCUGCGUUUCACUUCGGAGCGUGAGAACGAGGACAGGUGGUCUCCGCCGCGCGCCUGCUUCCUUCCAUCCAGGCUGCUUCCUCCUGUCUCCCGUCUCCUAAACGGGGCGGGCCGUUCCUAACCUCCCGCACCGGAAAGCCAUUUAUCUCCUUCCAAGCAAAAAACUGACGACAGCGGAAGCUUCCAGCGCGCUCCGAGCUGGGCUCGGGCAACUUACCCUGCAGCGCAGAAGCCGAGCUCGCCAGGCUCCCGUGUUUGUGUCAUGCGUCGGGGCGAGCGCGGCGAGCGCCUCAGGCCCGGCCAGCUGCUCUAGGGGGCGCGUGUGCGCUCUCUGCGCGCCUCGGCAACCGAGGGCUGGGCGGCUGAGGAAGCCUUCGGCUGCUGUCCGGGCGCGAGGCCGCUUCCCUGAGCGAGCGGGCAGGUGCGGACGGAGAGGGGAUUUGCGCGCGGCCAGCCCGGGGCUCGCCGUCUGAGGGGCGACCAUGUCCGCGCGCUGUUGUGCGGGUCAGUUGGCCUGCUGUUGUGGCACUGCUCCGUGUUCACUCUGCUGCAAAUGCUGCCCAAAGAUAAAGCAAUCCACUAGCACCCGCUUUAUGUAUGCACUGUACUUCAUCUUGGUGACUCUCAUCUGUUGCAUCAUGAUGUCGGAGACGGUAGCAAAAGAAAUGAAAGCACAUAUUCCCUUUUAUGGCACACUAUGCCAACAUAUUCAGGCAGGUGAUUCAUGUGAGAAGCUGGUGGGGUACUCUGCUGUUUAUCGAGUGAGCUUUGGAAUGGCCUGCUUCUUCUUCAUCUUCUUCUUACUCACCAUCAAAAUCAACAACAGCAAAAGUUGCCGUGCAUACAUGCACAAUGGAUUUUGGUUCAUUAAACUUCUAGUCUUGGCCGCCAUGUGCUCAGGAGCCUUUUUCAUUCCCGACCAGGAUACCUUUCUUAAAGCAUGGCGUUACGUAGGUGCUGCAGGAGGGUUCCUCUUUAUCCUCAUUCAACUCAUCCUGCUUGUAGAAUUUGCCCACAAAUGGAAUAAGAACUGGACAUCUGGCACAAGGCACAAUAAGCUCUGGUAUGGCUCCUUAGCUCUCGUGACUCUCAUUUUGUACUCCGUCGCUGUUGGAGCUCUGAUUGUGAUGGCUGUCUUUUACACACGUGCCGAUGGCUGCAAUUUUAACAAGAUCCUGCUUGGCGUCAAUGGCGGCUUGUGCUUGCUUAUUUCAAUGAUAGCCAUCUCGCCCUGUGUCCAAAACCGUCAGCCACAUUCUGGCUUGCUGCAGUCAGGCAUUAUCAGCUGCUAUGUCAUGUAUCUCACCUUUUCAUCUCUUUCAAGCAAACCACCAGAAACUAUCCUAGAUGAGAAUCAGAAGAACAUCACGAUCUGUGUACCUGAAUUUAGCCAGGGGCUACAAACAGAUGAAAACUUGGUGACUGGACUGGGUACUGCCAUCCUGUUCUGUUGCAUUUUAUAUUCUUGCUUGACCUCAACAACACGUGCAAGCUCUGAAGCCCUGAGAGGAAUAUAUGCCACACCGGAAACUGAAGUGGCUCGCUGCUGUUUCUGCUGUACUCCUGCUGAAGAUGCAGAUGUUGAAGAGCCUAUUGGCAGAAAGAGUGGCCAGAGAGUAAUUUAUGAUGAAAAGAAAGGGACUGUAUACAGCUAUGCUUAUUUCCACUUUGUGUUCUUCCUGGCUUCUCUCUAUGUGAUGAUGACGGUCACCCACUGGUUUCAUUAUGAAAGUGCUGCAAUUGAAAAAUUCUUUGCUGGAACCUGGUCAAUAUUCUGGAUUAAGAUGGCUUCCUGUUGGGUGUGUGUCCUCCUCUAUGUUUGGACUCUUCUGGCUCCUUUCUGCUGCCCAACUAGAGAAUUCUCAGUGUGAAGCUGUUUCUGGUACACUGAAUUCUCAGUGUGAAGCUGUUUCUGGUACAAGUCCAUCAGCUUAGGGAAUGGCAAAAUAAAUCUGUGUACUAGCUAUCCUAACCUUGAUGUUUAGGAUACUACAUUAACUCUUAUGAAAUCACACAUGUAGAGUCUGGUUUUGAAAACUUAUUUACAUUACGUGAAUUAAGAGAGCCUGGAGAACAAGUUUAGUUAAAAGUGGCACCUCAGUCUGGAAGUCAAAAGUUGUGGAUUCUCUUAAACAUAAUUGGUGAUAAGACUGAUGCUGACAUGUUACAGUCCUCGCAGACGUUGAUCCCCACUUUUUUUGUUGACAAAGAAACCAAACCCGUAGAUAAAAUUACAAAAUGGAACUUAAAACUUCACUGGGAUGAAGAUGUUGUCAGGGGUGGGAACAACAUCAGCUUGAGGGUUUCUUUUUCUGUAUUAGAUGCUCAUAGUAAAUUAUUGGAAAUGUAGAUUGUGGGUGAAAAGGAUUUGUGGGUAUAGAAAUAUUUAUUUAUGCUAUUAAUGAAAGGCACCUUUAUGAAUCACUGGGUGACAUGAUGUAGAAUCUGAAAACCUGACUGAGAUGCAAGACACUGUAAAGGUUGGUGCAAUUGAAAGUUGUUAUGAGUCACUCUGGGAGUGAAUGCAUCUAAUAAAAUAUUCAGAACAGAAGCAGUGAGCGACAAAAUACAAAUCUGCCUAUAGCUAGCCUAGUAAGUCUGGAGGGUUUCCCUUUUUUUGCAGGGGUUGUUAAGAGUCUACAAUGUGUAAACUUAUUUAAAACUGUGAUCUAAUAGAGUUUAAGAAAUCAGGUAAAUACUUAUAUUGUAAAGUAGCCGUACCCUGAAAAAUAAUCGAAAAUGUUCAGAAUUUGUUUACAGCAGUUUCUUUUUUUAAAAAAUAAUCCAUCACUUUUUUGAUCCCUCAUUUCAUCCCUAAAUAUCAAUCAAAAUGUUUAUUUUGAUGUGAUUAUUUUAUAUCAAUUAUGGAUAGAGGAUUACAAGGAGACAAAGCAAAUUUAACUCAUUGUAAUAUCAGCGGUCUAACUUCUAUUUCCCAUGUAUACCAAAGUCCGCUUAGUGAGUCUUUCUUUACUAGGAUCAGAACUAACUUUUUGCAAGCCCUCAUAUGUGAGUGGAAUAAUGUUGCAAGAGAAAACUAUUGGGUCAUAACUAUUUAGUGCACAAAGCCUGCAAUCCUAUACACACUUACCUGGAAGUAAGAGCCAUAUAAUAAAAUUGCGCUGUGUACUAUUUUAAUUAGUAAUGAAAGGGCAUGCAUGCUUCGCAUAUUAGCAUAUUGCUUUUUAGAUUCAUUUUAAUGUUAAUGCAUGCCAAUGUCUCUGAUGAAAAUUAAUGGCAGUAAUUUAAGUAGUAACAUUCUGCUAACUGUGAAGCUAGCUGUGGUAUCUCAACUGCCAUGUUCCAGUAAGUUGUUUUGUUUAAAAAAGCAAAUCAAUGUAGUUCAAUUGUUAAAACAAAAGGUGCAUGAGUAGUGGUUGUGUGGCCCACCUAGGAAAUGCUCUAAUGCUUUGGCUAUUGAAUUAAAUUGCAACAGCUGCUUUUAAGAUUUCCUGAUAAUUGGAGAUGGCAGCCAUCUGUCAUUGACAGAGGAGUGCUGCUUUUCAGAGUAAUGAAGACUCCUUAAACUUCGAUUCCAAGGUUUGAACCAACAGAUAUGGUCACUUUUCCUGUUUUAUCUUGCUUAAUUAGUUAGUUACUUAUUUCCCCCCCCCCCUACUAGUUUAUGCAGGGCUUAGUGAAUUCUAUAGGGCUGGUUGGCAUGCAUAUAUAGAGGUGCUGCAUGUUACUAGGGCUUUGUUGAUUGAGCAUUCUGAAGCAGAAAGCAUCAGCAAAAUCCUAAAGCAGCUUAAUAGGAGAAACCAGAUCUGUGAGGCACCUGGUUUUACUGUAAUGAAAGCUAGGGUGGCUAACCUGUUGGACUCUACCUCCCAUGGGGACCAGCUGGCCUGGCCCACAGGCAGGGAUGAUUGGAGUUGUGGUCUUGCAGGAUCUGGAGGGCCAAAGGGUAGCAACCCUUGGUUUAAAGAGAGUGAUAACAUGCUUUGGAACACCAGUCUCCAUGUUUCCGCAGAUUACUUGAGAAUUCGUUUUUCUCUAAUCAAACAGAACAGCCUUUGCUUUUUCAAGCAAGCCUUUUCUAAUUGAUGCUACUUUAAUUAAGUUCUGGAUAUUGGACCACUGUGAACCCCUAGAUGUCAUCAGUCUCUUUAUAUUAAAUGUUCUUGAAAAAAUUUAUGGGGCUUUCAUUCUCUCAAACCUUUGAGAGUGGUACACACAAUGGAAGAGUUUUAAGGCUUAUUAGACAGCAUAGUGUCUUGCCUUUUGAGUGUGCUUAAAAGGGCAGCUGGGAUAAGCUCAGGAAGAGGAAAUGGUGCUACUGUUUAAAAGUGACCUUUAUCAUCUCCAGGACUUGCUAGAAUAAUUCCUUGGAGACUUCACUAGCCUCUGUAUUCUGAUGUUUGGAGAGAGAGAGAAAUGAACCCUUUAAUGAAACAAUAGCAAAUGUAAACUGCAAAUGGCAAAGAGAUGUAAAAUGUUGGUGCUCAAAUAUGACCCUGCGAAAGGGAACCCCAGGGACCAUUUAAAAAUGUACUGAAUUUCUUACACUACUGACUCCUUUCCUUACUUAAUGUGUCUUUGUACUUUAUAAUCUGAAGAACAGCACUCAAAAUAAGAAUGCUUCAUGCAUAAAGAUGAGUCUAAAGGGGGCAUAAUUAUGUCCAAUUGUUUACAACCCUUUUAUUGUGCGAUAACAGAGUUGGCAUGUUGGGUUAUUUGUUUUUCCACGUGGCUUUUAAAGGCCUUAAAUCCACUGACCUUACUAAUAACCAUGGCUAACAAUGCAGCUCACACUAUCCAGCAUCUAUUUGUGCUACUAAGUGCUUUAUCACGAGAUUAUAACUGAGAAAAAAUGUUAUAUAUAUAUAUAUCUCCUGGAUUCUCUUAAAUCCUAUUCAGUUGACUUUUCCUGUAAAACCAGUGUGUGAUAACUCUCAUAAUUCACAAGUCAUUUAAACAAGAUUUGCAAAAACUACAUUGUCAAAUUUGAAAUCUUUCCAGCAUUGAAAUGCCCACUUUAAAGAACUGUUUAGUUUGGGCUACAGCAGCACUCAGACCACCUGCUUUUGCCAAAGAAUUCUCCUACAGAAAUUAAGAAUAUUGUGAAAAGGUAGAGGAAAAUCCAUUAAACGUCCACAAUAAACCUUAUGUUUUAUUUUACUUGUGUGAAAUAAACUAUUAAAUGUUUCUUGGCAGUGUUUGAAAGCAAAGAAAGUGUGGGGCACAAUCUGUUGGGAAGAUCUCUUGUACAAGCUGUUGACGUGAAUGGCAGCUGUGCAGGAGCUCAGAUUCCAGUCUGUACCCAUUCAUUUCAAUAAGGCUUCCACACAAAACUUCCUGGUGGAGUUGUAACCAAGCAGCCCAUGCUCUCUCCAAAUGUACCACCAACUUUUAAUAUUUUAACUCUCUAAGUGUUCCUUUUAUAUAUUUUUAUCUGCAAUGUUUUUUCAUGUCAGUUUUAAGGAAUGAAUUAAGAAUAGAACAUAAUUCAUAAUGGGUUUUUUAAAGAUUUUCAAUUUUUAAAGUUUUUUUUAUACAAUAUUGUUCUUUUUUCAAUUUCGGGGAGGAGGGAGUUGAGAAUUGUAGCUCAAAGAGUUUACCGUUUGAGUCAUGUAACUUGUAGCAGUUUUAAGACUAUAUGGAUUUGUGGGUUUUUUAGUUGUUUGAGAGAAAUCUUAAGUGUAAAACAAGCAUUGCGUAUGGUUUUUAAAGCAUUUUGUUGGGUUUUCUAGGAAUAUUGAAAAAGUAUUAUAGAUGUAAUUGUUUAACUGGCCAAUAAAGUAUCCUUUGUUUAAAAUUGCAA